AUGGAGAGCAAAUGGAGUGGUUGGGUGCUGAUCCUCUUUGUGUGCCUGGGCUCCUACCAAGCUGGGGCCAGUCCCCUCCACGAAUGCAGCGAGCGGCCGGAGGAUUGGUGCCGUGAUGCAGUGACGGCAGCCAAAUGCGGGGCGCUGGAGCUCUGCCAGAUCACCGCCUGGGACAAGGCCCUGGGGCAGAAGGGGCUCCCAUGUCACCUCUGUCAGGUGGUGGUCUCUGUAGUGGGCAAGAUCCUUCAGGACAAUCGCACUGAGGAAAAGCUGCGGCUCUUCUUGGAUAAGAGAUGCCAGUACCUGCCCUUCCAGGACUGGUCUGUCAAGUGCAAGAAGAUGGUGAACACUGGCAUCCUCAUCCUUGUCCAGCUGGGCAAGCAAGUGCUGUCAGACCCAAAGGUGGUGUGUGGGACCAUCAAGAUGUGCCAGCCACGGGAGAACCCCACAGGGGCCCUGAAGUUCCAGAAGCCACCACCGCUCCCUGAAGGCCACGCUCAGGACUUUGCUGACCUGGUUGCCCCUUUCAUUGCCAACGUGCCCCUCCUGCUCUACCCCCAGGACCUGCCUCGUGGUGAGGAGACACAAGAGUUGUGUGGGGACUGCCUGCAGCUGGUGGCUGCAGUGAAGCUGGAGCUGGUGACCAACUCUGGCUUCACCCAGACUCUCGUUUCUCACUUCGAGCCGGCAUGCAAGGGCUUGGCACCUGAUCUGGCACAGCAGUGCAAGCUCUACCUGACCGAAUACACAGCCGUGGCCACCCAGAUGCUCCAGUACAUGCUGGCUGAGGACCCGACGGACCUGUGUGGCCACCUGGGACUCUGCUCCUCCACCUCACAGCUCUCUCUCCAGACACUGUUCACAGAGAAGGUGAUGAAGGUUCUGAGCACACUGAGGGCUGAGAGGACCCAGCCUCUGUGUGAAAUGUGCGAGUUCGCUGUGAAGGCAGCUGAGAGCCUCCUGGAGAACAACGUGACGGAGGAGCAACUAGUGAAUGACAUCGAGAAGGUGUGCUACAUGCUGCCCCACGGCGUCAUCGGGCAGUGCAAGGACUUUGUUGACUCCUACGGCAAGGCUGUGGUCAUCAUGCUGCUGGAGGCCACCGACCCCGCGGCCAUCUGCACCAUGCUGCACUGCUGCCCCCGCGACGGGGACGCCCAAGGGGCUGCCUCGCUGGAGCAGCUGAUGGUGGGGGCGGGUGGCUUCUGCAACGUCUGCCAGAUCAUCAUCACCUACUUCGACAACGAGCUGCUGAAGAACGAGACGUUGGCAGAGCUGAGCGACGUACUGGAGAAGGGCUGCGAGCUGCUGCCCACACCUUUCACAGGCAAGUGCGAGGCGCUCGUGGUGCAGUAUGAGCCAGCGGCUGUGCGGCUCCUGGUGCAGGUGCUGGACCCCAACUUCAUCUGCACUAAACUAAGAGCCUGUGACUCACCCGAGGAGGAUCUCCUGGGCUCAGACCCCUGUGUCUGGGGCCCACAAUACUGGUGCAAGAACAUGGACACAGCAGUUGAGUGCAAUGCUGUUGAACACUGCCAACGUCGCCUAUGGAACUAGGAGCCACCUCCCCAUCUGGCUGGGCUUACCUUGCUGUUUUGGUUCAGGAUCCUGGACACCUUCCCUUGGAUGGGCCUCUGCCUGUGGACAGCAAUGGCAGGAGCCCACCAGCCUCACCCCCCUGACAGGGGGUUUGGGGAUCCCCAGCCACCUCUGCCACUUCCUUUUCCACCCUUGGGUCUUGGAUUUCCAAAUCAGGUUAAGGGACUCUCAUAUUUUCAGGACUUGGGGUUUCAGCCGUGCUGUGUCUUGGGCUGACUGCAAAAUCCAACUGUCCCUCUUCAUCCCCAUCACAAUCCUGCUCUGAACUACUCAUAAGGCCCAGAUCCUGCAACGUGGAUCCAUGCCCAUAGGCUGGGCUGGUUUCUGCUGCUCGGUCAGUGGCAGGUUUUGUUGGCUUUGGCAAGCCCAGCCCUUUGCUGGCCCCUCUUCAAAUAGGGGUGCCUUUUAAUGUUAUUUUUUUUGUCCCUCUGGUCACCUGUUAAAGAAACAAAAUGGAUUUAAAUCACCUGUGGUGCCUGGCUUUGCAGGACACCUGCAGGACACUGACUUGGAGUCCAACCAGUUGCUGGAGGUGUAUAGAGAUAAAUAUAUUUUAAAGAGUCACUGGGCAAAAAAUAAAUGAGCGAGUCUAGGGGCAAAGAUUUCCCUUCAUGCACACAUCCCUGAUGCUGACUCAGCUGUGGUGGCAAGAGGGAGCUGGGUGCUGGCUUGUCCCUCCCAGCUGUGGGUGGGGGGCAUUCCCACAGCACCCAGUCCUGAGUGGGCACGGGAGCAUCUCACCACAAAUAAACUCUUCAUGU